AUGGCUCGCACGAAGCAAACGGCCCGCAAAUCUACCGGCGGCAAGGCGCCGCGCAAGCAACUGGCCACGAAGGCCGCGAGGAAGUCGGCGCCCGCCACGGGCGGCGUGAAGAAGCCUCACCGGUACCGCCCUGGCACGGUGGCGCUGCGCGAGAUCCGCAAGUACCAGAAGUCGACGGAGCUGCUCAUCCGCAAGCUGCCCUUCCAGCGCCUGGUGCGCGAAAUCGCGCAGGACUUCAAGACGGACCUGCGCUUCCAAAGCUCCGCCGUGAUGGCGCUGCAGGAGGCGGCGGAGGCGUACCUCGUCGUACCCCUCCCGCUUCUCUUGCCCUCCCCGCGCGCCACUGGCCUCUGUCGCCCCUGUUGCGCCGCGCCCCGCUCCGCCGUCGUCCGCACGCCUCUCCCGCGCACACCCGCCCUCCGCCCGCGCGUGGGCGGGAAGGUUCCGCCUUGCCGCGCGGCGGCGGAGUCGGAGGCGGCGGGGGACGGCGCGGGGGAGCGGAAGACUGUGUCGCUGGGGACGGCGGUGCUGCCGGCGGACUGCGAUCUGGCGACGCUGGAAACGAUGAUGGCGCAGGUGGGAAUGGCGCAGGUGGGAAUGGUGCAGGUGGGAAUGGCGCAGGUGGGAAUGGCGCAGGUGAGAAUGGCGCAGGUGGGAAUGGCGCAGGUGAGAAAGGCGCAGGUGGGAAUGGCGCAGGUGGGAAUGGCGCAGGUGGGAAUGGCGCAGGUGGGAAUGGCGCAGGUGAGAAUGGCGCUGGUGGGAAUGGCGCAGGUGGGAAUGGCGCAGGUGGGAAUGGCGCAGGUGGGAAUGGCGCAGGUGGGAAUGGCGCAGAUGGGAAUGGCGCAGGUGGGAAUGGCGCAGGUGGGAAUGGCGCAGGUGGGAAUGGCGCAGGUGGGAAUGGCGCAGGUGGGAAUGGCGCAGGUGGGAAUGGCGCAGGUGGGAAUGGCGCAGGUGGGAAUGGCGCAGGUGGGAAUGGCGCAGGUAUACCGCCCCGCUAGACCACUGGGCUUAAGCAUUGGUUGUGCAGCGGGCAGCGGUAGCUGUGUAGCCCCUCGUGUAAGCUUGCAGGCGUUACAGGAGGUGAGGCGAUGCGAUGAUGGCGCAGCAGCACUGCACGCGGCACUGCACGCGGCACUGCACGCGGCACUGCACGCGGCACUGCACGCGGCACUGCAUGCGGCACUGCAUGCGGCCCUGCAUUUAGCACGCCACCACAAGGAGACACAGGGGGCAGGAGGGAAUGACACGAGGAGCAUGGCGCAGAGACACAUGGGGGAAUCACCAGCAGGAGCAGCAGGGGCGGGGUUGACUAGCGAGUGGGGCGCCAAUGCUGCCAGCUGGAUGGGAGGGGAGAUGUCGGGAGGGCUAGCCAUCCACACGUGGGUGGGGCUCAGCUCAGGCGGCAGUGGCAGUGUGCUUUCAGGCAGGCUGCAUGUGUGCGUGCGGUGCAGCACGCACACUGCUCGCACAUUCCUGGCGCCUCUCCUGGGUGGGUGGAUGGGAGGUGCUGAGGGGGGAGGCGGGUUGACGGAGAGCAGGCAGGGAGAGGGGGACUGUUGGGAAAUUGGGAGUGAGACGAAAGUGAGAUGGGAGUCAAGGGAUGAGAGUGGGCUAGAGGAAAGGAAGAGGAGAGAUGGGGGAGUGGUUAGAGCUAAAGGAUGGGCCACAUCUCUCACACAGGACGCCAAUCUGCCUCUGCAGUCUCCUCUCACGGUGGACAGGAUACCUGGAGGGGUGCAGCUGAGCCUACAAGUAACCGACGGUGACACAACCAAGCCAGUGGACAUCCUAGUCACAGUGGAGCCCCCUUCAGGAGACACCCCUGCCAUGUUCCGAGCCCUGCGCUCCGGCCCGCACUGCCAGAUCACGCCGCCCGGCGAGCCUGCCCUCAUGGCCUCCAUGCUCUCCGCGCUGCGCAAGUCCGUGGCGCUGUCUCGACCGUCAGGAUGA